AUGUCCCACAAAUACGCAACCGCGGCCCUCUUCGCCGCCGGGGCCUUCGCAGCCCCAGCCCCAGCACCCCAAGCAUCAGGCACCGCCAGCGCAGCAAGCAACGAACCCUCCGAAUUCACCGCAAACCCCAACGUUGGCGCCGGCGGGGACACAUUCACCGACUCCCCCCGAUUCCGCGUCUACGGGGCAACCGGCGACACCGCAGACACGACCCUGCAGAUGCUCGAGUCCGCAUACACCUGCUUCGUCACAGAUCUCGGCUGGCGCUCCUCCGGCCUGUCUUACAACUCCGACUCCGAUACCGCGGAGACCUGGUACAAGGAGAACAUCUACUCCGUGGCCUCGCUGGACGGCGGCGCCGCGGGCGUGAUGGGUUCAGACCCCGAGACGGGCUUGUCCUUUGUCCAGGUCGUGAAUACGUACCUCACUGACCCGUCAGUUACGGUGCAUGAAUAUGGGCAUGCAUUGACGUAUCACGCGCAGAACUGGGUAGAUCAGACCGCGACAGGGGCGUGGUGGGAGCCUUUGGCGAAUUGGUUCGCGGAUACGUUCAUCACCUCUGAUCUGUGCGCGAGCGCGCGUGAGAAGUAUUCCCAGGAGACCGGGGAUAGUGUUAUCGAGCUGCAGAAGGUUAUUGGGGAUAGUUACCAGGUGAUUGUUGAUGGGAGUGUGGACAGUGGGAACUAUUACCAGUCGUGGCCGGUUCUGACGUAUCUCACUAAUAACCCGGAUAACUAUACGGGGCUUGGAAAUGAUGCGGUGCUGCGGUUGAGUCUGGAGUAUGAGGUUGGGAGUAAUGAGACCCCGUUGCAUACGCUGCAGAGGCUGCUUGGGGAUGGGGCGACUGUUGCGCAGGUUGUUGGGCGGUACUGGGCGCAUAUGGCGUAUGUGGAUAUUGGGAGUGAGGCUGCGAACCGCGCGUUCCUAGAGCAGAGGGAGACGCUAGCUUAUGACAAUCUGGAUGGUAGUGGGGAGAGCUAUACCGUCAAGGCAGCGCGCCAGCCGCAGUACUUCGGGGCCAAUAUCAACCCGAUCAAGGCUUCUGGCGGGGGCAGUGUUAGCGUUACUGUCAAGUCGGACAAGGCGUUUACGGCUACCCUUGCGGUGAGAGAUACGGAUGCUGGGUCUGUGAGGUAUGUGGAUCUGGAGAAUGGCAGUGGCGAGGCGACUGUUGGGGGCAGCGAGGAGGCCAGUCUUGUUGUUGUCAACGCCCCGAAGGAGCUGCUCCAGUAUGAUCCGUUUGAUCUGUCCAGUGAGGCUAAGGCUGGCUUGGACUAUACUGUGCAAAUCACCGGAGGGAGCUUCUAG